AUGCCUCUCAUCCGUGUAGAAGUGAGCGAUUUCAAGUCGUAUUGGGGCCACCAAGUGAUUGGACCCUUCAAGAACCUCACCUCCAUUAUCGGUCCCAAUGGCGCUGGAAAAUCAGAUCUCAUGGAUGUAAUCUCUUUUGUGCUUGGUGUAAAGAGUGUGCAGCUGCGCAGUAGCCAGCUGAAAGAUCUCGUCUACCGUGGGCGCCGCCCCUUGGAUGGCUCUGAGGCCACACAAGAUCAGGAGGAGGAUGUUAAUAGCGAUGGCGAGGGUGAGGGUGAAGGGACUGCAAAGAAAGCAUGGGUGCUUGCAGUGUUCCAGGAUGACAAGAGAAAGGAAUGGUUAUUCCAACGAAUGUGUGUGCUACCUUGUCUCACUUACCCGGGACUUCUAACUGUGUUAUUUGUCGUGCAGAAUAUCAACCACUGGAGCGUCUGA